CCCGCUCGAUGAGCGGCGCCCGCCCGCCCGCCGCGCUGUGCCCGGGGAUCGGCGGCCGCGGCCGGCGCGCUCGGCAGCAUGUGGAGUCCCACCGAGGAGGAGAAAUACGGCGUGGUGAUAUGCAGCUUCCGAGGAACGGUUCCGCAGGGCUUGGUCCUGGAGCUAGGUGAGACCGUCCAGAUCCUGGAGAAAUGUGAAGGCUGGUACCGAGGUGUUUCCAUUAAGAAGCCCAACGUCAAGGGGAUUUUUCCUGCCAACUAUAUUCACUUGAAAAAGGCAAUUGUCAGUAACAGAGGGCAAUAUGAAACAGUUGUUCCACUUGAAGAUUCUGUUGUGACUGAGGUCACAGCGACACUGCAGGAAUGGGCCGUGCUCUGGAAGCAGCUCUAUGUGAAGCAUAAGGUGGAUCUGUUCUACAAGCUGCGCCAUGUGAUGAACGAGCUCAUCGACCUGCGCAGGCAGCUGCUCUCGGGGCACCUGACGCAGGAUCAGGUGCGAGAGGUCAAGAGGCACCUCACGGUGAGGCUGGACUGGGGCAAUGAACACUUGGGCCUGGAUUUAGUUCCUCGGAAGGACUUUGAGGUUGUGGAUUCAGAUCAGAUCAGUGUUUCCGAUCUUUAUAAAAUGCAUUUGUCAAGUAGACACAGUGUCCAGCAGAGCACGUCACAGGUGGACACGAUCCGUCAGCGCCACGGGGAAGCCUGUCGCAUGCCAGUGCCUCACCACUUCUUCCUCAGCCUGAAGAGCUUCACCUACAACACAAUUGGAGAGGACACAGAUGUCUUUUUCUCUUUGUACGAUGUCCGAGAAGGCAAACAGAUCAGUGAGAGGUUUAUGGUGAGGUUAAACAAGAAUGGCGGCCCCAGGAACCCGGAGAAGAUCGAUCGGAUGUGCGCGCUGUUCACAGAUCUCAGCAGCAAGGACAUGAAGAGAGACUUGUACAUAGUUGCCCAUGUAAUCCGAAUAGGUCGGAUGUUGCUAAAUGAUUCCAAAAAAGGGCCCCCUCAUUUACACUAUCGGCGCCCCUACGGCUGUGCAGUGUUGAGCAUCAUGGAUGUGCUUCAGUCAAUCUCUGAAAUAAAGGAAGAGAAGGAUUUUGUUCUCAAAGUUUACACGUGUAACAACGAGAAUGAGUGGUGCCAGAUCCAUGAGAAUAUCAUCCGCAAAUCCAGCACCAAGUACACGGCCCCCAGCUCCAACUAUGGACUUAUCAUUUCUCUUCAGCUUCUUCGUGGUGACAUGGAGCAGAUUCGAAGGGAAAACCCCAUGAUCUUCAACAGAGGUGUUUCUGUUACCAGGAAGCUGGGUUUUCCUGAUGUUAUAAUGCCAGGUGACAUCCGGAAUGACCUGUACCUGACCUUGGAGAAGGGAGACUUCGAGAGGGGGGGGAAGAGCGUGCAGAAGAACAUCGAGGUGACCAUGUACGUGCUCUAUGCCGAUGGGGAGAUCCUGAAGGACUGCAUCAGCCUGGGCUCAGGAGAGCCGAGCAGGAGCGCCUACCACUCCUUCGUGCUCUACCACAACAACAGCCCCCGCUGGGGGGAGAUCAUCAAGCUGCCCAUCCCCAUCGACAGGUUCCGGGGGUCCCACCUGCGCUUCGAGUUCAGGCAUUGCUCCACAAAAGACAAGGGAGAAAAGAAGCUCUUUGGUUUUGCCUUCACCCCACUGAUGAGAGAUGAUGGCACUACCUUGUCAGAUGAUAUCCAUGAGCUUUAUGUUUAUAAGUGUGACGAGAACAGCACGUUUAACAACCACGCGCUGUACCUGGGGCUGCCCUGCUGCAAGGAGGAUUACAACGGCUGCCCCAACAUCCCCUCCAGCCUCAUCUUCCAGCGCAGCACCAAAGAGACCUUCUCAGUCUCCACACAGCUUUCUUCUACCAAACUGACCCAGAAUGUGGAUCUGCUUGCCCUGCUGAAGUGGAAAGCUUACCCAGAUCGUGUGAUGGAUAUUCUGGGAAGACUGAGACAUGUCAGUGGCGAGGAAAUUGUGAAGUUCCUGCAAGACAUUCUGGACACGUUGUUUGUAGUUUUGGAUGACAACACAGAGAAGUAUGGUCUGUUGGUCUUUCAGUCUUUGGUGUUCAUCAUAAACCUGCUGCGUGACAGCAAGUACUUCCAUUUCCGGCCGGUGAUGGACACCUACAUCCAGAAGCACUUCGCAGGAGCUCUGGCUUACAAGGAGCUGAUCCGCUGUCUCAAGUGGUACAUGGACCGCUCCGCCGAGCUCGUGCGCCAGGACCACAUCCAGGAGGCCAUGAGGGCCUUGGAAUAUCUUUUCAAGUUCAUUGUCCAAUCUCGGAUCCUUUACUCCAGAGCUACUUGUGGAAUGGAGGAGGAGCAGUUCCGCUCCAGCAUCCAGGAGCUUUUCCAGUCCAUCAGAUUUGUGCUCAGCUUGGACAGCAGGAGCUCUGAGACUCUCAUCUUCACACAGGCCGCUCUGCUCAACUCCUUCCCCGCCAUCUUCGACGAGCUGCUGCAGAUGUUCACGGUGCAGGAGGUGGCCGAGUUCGUGCGGGGCACGCUGGGCAGCAUGCCCAGCACGGUGCACAUCGGCCAGUCCAUGGACGUGGUGAAGCUCCAGUCCAUCGCCCGCACCGUUGACAGCCGCCUCUUCUCCUUCUCAGAGUCCCGGCGCAUCCUGUUACCUGUGGUUCUUCACCACAUUCACCUUCACCUACGACAGCAGAAGGAGCUACUUAUCUGCUCUGGGAUCCUCAGUAGUAUCUUCUCCAUAAUCAAGACCAGUUCUUUGGAGGGAGAUGUCGUGGAGGAGGUUGAGAUGAUGGUGGAGAGCCUCCUGGACGUGCUUUUACAAACCCUGCUUACAAUCAUGAGUAAAUCGCAGUCUCAGGAGGCGGUAAGAGGGCAGCGCUGCCCGCAGUGCACAGCAGAAAUCACUGGAGAAUAUGUCUCCUGCCUUUUGUCUCUGCUCCGUCAGAUGUCAGACACUCACUUCCAGCACUUACUGGACAACUUCCAAAGCAAGGAUGAACUGAAGGAGUUCCUCCUGAAGAUUUUCUGUGUGUUUCGGAACCUGAUGAAGAUGAGUGUCUUUCCUCGAGACUGGAUGGUGAUGAGGUUGCUCACCAGCAAUAUCAUUGUUACAACAGUGCAGUACCUGUCCUCUGCCCUGCACAAGAAUUUCACGGAGACAGACUUCGAUUUUAAAGUCUGGAACUCUUACUUCAGCCUGGCAGUUUUGUUUAUUAACCAGCCAAGUCUCCAACUAGAGAGUGCCACACCAGCCAAGAGGAAGAAGAUUCUGGAUAAGUACGGUGACAUGAGAGUGAUGAUGGCCUAUGAGCUGUUCAGCAUGUGGCAGAACCUGGGUGAGCAUAAGAUUCACUUUAUUCCGGGAAUGAUUGGCCCCUUCCUCGGUGUUACACUUGUGCCACAACCAGAAGUCCGGAAUAUCAUGAUCCCCAUCUUCCAUGACAUGAUGGACUGGGAGCAGAGGAAGAAUGGCAACUUCAAACAGGUGGAGGCAGAGUUGAUCGAUAAGCUGGACAGCCUGGUGUCCGAAGGAAAAGGUGAUGAGAACUACAGGGAACUCUUCAGCCUGCUAACCCAACUAUUUGGGCCUUAUCCCAGUUUGCUGGAGAAGAUUGAGCAGGAAACUUGGCGGGAGACGGGAAUCUCUUUUGUUACAUCAGUUACUCGGCUCAUGGAGCGUCUGCUGGACUACAGGGACUGUAUGAAAGGAGACGAAACAGAGAACAAGAAAAUCGGCUGCACUGUUAAUCUUAUGAAUUUCUAUAAGUCUGAGAUCAACAAGGAGGAGAUGUACAUCCGCUACAUCCACAAGCUGUGUGACAUGCACCUGCAGGCUGAGAACUACACAGAGGCUGCAUUUACUUUGCUUCUGUACUGUGAGUUGCUCCAGUGGGAGGACAGACCUCUGAGAGAGUUCCUGCAUUAUCCAUCUCAGUCAGAGUGGCAACGUAAGGAAGGUCUGUGCCGUAAGAUUAUCCAUUACUUCAACAAAGGGAAGAGCUGGGAGUUUGGGAUCCCGCUGUGCCGAGAACUGGCCAUCCAGUAUGAAAGUCUCUAUGACUAUCAGAGCCUCAGCUGGAUCCGGAAAAUGGAAGCCACCUACUAUGACAAUAUCAUGGAACAGCAGCGCUUAGAGCCAGAGUUCUUCAGAGUUGGGUUUUACGGUCGGAAAUUCCCAUUUUUCCUGCGGAACAAAGAAUAUGUGUGUCGGGGCCACGACUAUGAGAGGCUGGAAGCCUUCCAGCAGAGGAUGCUGAGCGAGUUCCCACAAGCCAUUGCCAUGCAGCACCCAAACCACCCCGAUGACUCCAUAUUGCAGUGUGAUGCCCAGUAUUUACAGAUCUAUGCAGUGACUCCCAUCCCAGACAAUAUAGACGUGCUGCAGAUGGACCGUGUCCCGGACCGCAUCAAGAGCUUUUACCGAGUCAACAACAUCCGGAAAUUCCGCUACGACAGGCCCUUCCACAAAGGCCCCAAGGACAAGGAGAAUGAGUUUAAGAGCUUGUGGAUUGAACGCACCACUCUGACCCUGACUCACAGCCUGCCUGGCAUCUCCCGUUGGUUUGAAGUGGAGAGAAGAGAACUGGUUGAAGUAAGUCCUUUGGAGAACGCCAUUCAAGUGGUUGAGAACAAGAACCAGGAGCUGAGGACACUGAUAAGCCAGUACCAGCACAAGCAGAUGCAUGGCAACAUUAAUCUUCUCAGCAUGUGUCUGAACGGGGUGAUUGAUGCGGCUGUUAACGGCGGAAUUGCGCGGUACCAGGAGGCCUUUUUUGAUAAGGAUUAUAUCACAAAGCACCCCGGUGAUGCAGAGAAGAUCACACAGCUCAAGGAGCUCAUGCAGGAACAGGUACAUGUCCUGGGAGUGGGUCUGGCUGUCCAUGAGAAAUUUGUACACCCAGAAAUGCGUCCCCUGCAUAAGAAGCUGAUAGACCAGUUCCAGAUGAUGAGAUCCAGCCUGUACCAUGAGUUGCCUGGUUUGGAUAAGCUGAGCCCAGCCUGUUCUGGCUCCAGCACCCCCCGCAGCAACGUGCUGGUGUCCCAUGGACCCAUGAGCCCAGAGAGCAUAAAGCUGGUGCAUCGACACAGCCCACUGAACUUGCUUGGUUCAGUCCGACACUCCUCAUCCUCCCUGUCAUCCCACACCUCCAGUGAAACAGGAAACCUGGUUAUCCUGACAGACAGCUCUGUGGGGGAGAAUGCUGAGGAUAUGUACCACAUGCAGGCCAGCCCUUCCACCUCCAGCCUGAGCUCUACUCACUCUGCACCAUCCCAGAUGAUUAACUCUGCCCCUUCCAGUGCUCGAGCGCUGGUGAAAGGUGCUGGAUUGACCGCACUGGAGGCUGAAGCCCUCUAUUUACCCACAGAACAGAUACAGCAUGGGCGGCAGCCGUGCAAGUUCCCCCAUGCUGCCCCCACCCAUGUGCCUCAUCUCUGUCCUGGAGGGACCACCUCUAGAGGCUCUCCCUCUCUACCAGAUAAGUACCGGCACUCUCGGGAGAUGAUGAUGUUGCUGCCAGCCCACCGGGACCGACCCAGCAGCGCCAUGUAUCCCGCAGCUAUCAUGGAAAACGGACAGCCUCCAAAUUUCCAGCGCGCCUUGAUCCAGCAAAUGAUUGGACCGUGCAAACCUUGCAGUGAUCCCAACCUGUCCGUGGCUGAGAAAGCUGUGCCAGCAGCACCCAGUAGCUGGAGCCUGGACAGUGGAACCCGAGAGGCCCUGCCAUUCCUGUCUGCCCACGUUGGGAGCAUCCUGGCCCCACCAGUGCCUCCCCGAAGCCUGCCCCAUGGACACUACUCACUGCACUUUGAUGCCUUCCACCACCAGCUCAGUGAUGCUCCUCCUGCACUGCCUGCACGAACACUGCGCAAGUCCCCUCUUCAUCCUAUCCCUGCAUCGCCCACCAGUCCGCAGUCUGGUCUAGACGGGAGUAACUCCACUUUGUCCGGCAGUGCCAGCAGUGGUGUCUCUUCCUUGAGUGAGAGUAAUUUUGGACAUUCUUCUGAACCACCUCCUCGCACAGACACCAUGGAUUCUGUCCCCAGCCAGACCUGGAACACUGAUGAAGAUCUAGAGACACCCUACCUCCCUGUCAGGUACAGUCUCUCUGAGCCUGAUGUCCUGGAGUCGCUCAAGUCCCAGCCAUGCCGAAGCCACUCUGCUCCGUCUGGAGUCAUUCCUCAGGACACCAUGGACCCUCCUGCUCUGCCCCCCAAACCUUACCACUCCCGGCUGCCAAACAUGGAGAACGAGGAGGGGAUGAUCAUUGAAGAUGAUGACAAGCACCGCCCGUUGCACCGUAAAGUGUCCCAGCCAGUGAGCGGUGGAAAGGAAGAGCAGGCCAGGGUGGCAUGGGAGCACGGCAUCACUGAGCAGUAGGGACAGCUCGUGGAACACGGCUGGCAUCGGCAUUCCAGGUCUGGAUACAACCGAGAGAGAGAGAGCAGGACUCGGAGAACAGCAAACCGAUUUUCUACUGCCGCAAGUUUAUGUCUGAGGCCCACACGAGCAACUGGGCCAGCAUGGGAGGUUGCUGCUUUCCUUUUUAAGUUCUUUUUACACCUUUCCGUUUCGUUUUUUAACUUUCUGUGCAGUGGACAGUUUAUUCCUUCUGCAGUUUCCUAACCACAUCAUAUGGCACACGAGCCAUAGAGACUUGCAGAAGCUGAGAAAUACGAUUUUAAGCGGAGGGGGAAAAAGGGGGGAAUGUGGCAAGUUUUGAACCUGCUUUCCUCCCGGUUUUGAGACGCACAUGAGUAGAAGCAGUUGCACUAGGGACAUAUCUCUUUGCUGUACAGAAUUGAAAGCUCAUUGCUGAAAUCAGGGAUUCUAUGAACUGUCAGGCUGGAAGGUGCAUGAGCUGCAGGCAGUGGAAAGAUGGCAAUUCAAAGAAGAAAUUGGCUCUUUUGAGAGCAGGAUUGUACAUAUCUGUGCAGUGAUCUCCCUGCAUUGGUUCAUAGGUGCUGAGGCAAUCUAACCAGUGCUGAUGCACUGAUCUCCAAGAUAUCAUUUCCAACAAACUCUGCCUCCUUUGUUUUUUAUGUACUGUUUGAUUUCUUAAAUUUUGCUUUCACUGGCUAAGCCAACCUGCUUUCUCAUGGGAAUCAUGUGUUAUUCAUCUGUGCUACAGGAUGAGAGGAGGUUGGUAGCUACUGGAGCUACAACCUCAUUGUAGGCCUUUCCCAUGCCCAGCUUUGGGCAGGCUGUUGACACCAGCAUUUCUAUUCCAGUUUAAAACAAAACCAACCAAAUUGAGUUUCUCAUGCCACAAGCUGGUUGAUGACCCAGCCAGUAAAGAAAGGGUGGCUUAAAUGCAUCAUAUCCAACAAUCUUUGCCUCAGGGCUGAACAUCACAAUUCUCACCAACUUCCAUCACCCAGGAGCUGAGAUUCAUUCCAUGUUAACUCAAUAUCCUCAUCCCUCCCCAAAACUCGCUGCAGUGAGAAGGAAUCUCCCAUCUCAGAGUAGACAGAAAACACCAAGACUCAAGCAGUGCCCGGUAUCCAGUGUACACCCCAGAGUCAGGGACCUUAAAGGCAACCUGUAAGGAACAAGUGUUUGUUUCCUCUUUUGCUUCUUUAGAAUGUGCAGUAAGAGCUGCUGCUUCUCUCUUCUGGAAGGUUGAUUUCUUUUUUUUCUUUUCUCCUCAGGCAGCAGUGCAGCCUUUCCCCAUCCCAUCUUUUUUUUUAUGGCUAGGCCCCAGACAGGGCUGAAGAACACUGAGGGGUUGGGGAACAAACUACACCACACAAACCAGAACUGUGCAGAGGUGAAGACAGUAUGAGUGUGUGACCACAAAACAAGUCUUUUAAUCAGUAUUUGCAUAGUUCAGGGAAAAAAAUCUGUGGGUAAUAGUGUUCUUUACAAAGAACAGAUCUUGGUUUUAAGAAACCUUUUAUUCUUGUUUUCAUAUUUUUCAAGAAACUUUCAAUCAGGAGAGUAUAAAAUAUUUAAUGUUUUUAGAUAAACAAGCCAUGUUCCUUCCCCUUGCCAUGCCCACACACAUUUUAAGCCUUCCUUAUAACCCUUUCACCUGCAGACUGCAAAGCACACUCCGUAGGAUGGAAACACACCUCCCUCUUUCCUACCACUGAAAAACCUGAAGCACAUUCAAGUAAGACACUUACCUCCAUAUAAAUUAGUGCCAGAAACAGGAACAGCACUCACCUUUCAUCUUGAAUUCUUAUCCUAACUGCUCAGUUUCUCCUGCUAAAAACAGCAUAAAGAAGCAAAAAAGGAUAUUAUAAAUCUUUUACAGGUCACCUUUAGCACUACCUCUAAAUACAGUGACUGGGCAGAGUACAUGGCUUCUGAACUGGCUAAAAAUGGUCUGGCUGUGUAAAGUCUGGUCUCAGCAGUUGUGUGAAGGGGAUUUUAAGAGGAUUUGUUUAUUUUCUUUCUCCAGCUCUAGCCCAUGCAAAACUAAGUUAAAGAUUUGUUUCUUAAAUGGCCUAUUUGGCUGGAACAAAGUCUCUCUUGCUUCCUCUAUUUUGUUACUAACACAGGCUGCUUGUAAUCAUUAUAUCCUUCACAAUUAAGACAAUGGUAAUAAAAUCUGGCCCAUAGUGAAUGCUUCAUCUCUAGCAGGAAGGAGAGUUUUCCAAUGCGAGGACAGUCCUCAAUGUUAAGGAACUGAGCUGGAUCUCUGGUAUAGAACACAUAAAUGAAAACAGUUCAAAAUUAUGGUAAAGGUAAGUCAAGGAAAUUCCUUAGAAACGGGUGAUGUGUUUUCACAUAUGCUGUUCUCCAGUCCCACUGAGACUCUUCCAGUGACAUUUUUAAAAGAACUUACUAUUUAGUUCCAAUUCCCUUGCCCCUGGUUUUGUUUUUCUUUUUGGCAGCAAGACUAAAAGUAGGAAAUGUAGUGACUUACCGAGCUUCCUUAACAUGGAAAAAACAGCAGGUCUUGCAAAUAAAACUUUGCAGAACCAAGAAUGCAACUAAAGUGGGACUGAGUCCCAGGCAGCUGGAAAAUCUGCUCACUAGAGCUCUAAUCAGUCUCUCAAAACACAUCAUCCUGCUCUGAUUAGAGACACAGUACAACAGCGGUGAGUCCAUGGGGAGUGUGACAUUCCCAUGUAUUUGUAAGGGUUCGAAGGUCAAUCAGGUGAUGUAUACAAAUACCUAAUUUAUGGCAGGUCCACACAAAGAAGGAUGGAAUAAAUUGCUGAAUUUACCAAAUUUAAGCCUCUCUGGAGUUAAAUUUCUGUUAUGGUUCUGAAAUCUACCAAGUAUUCUGCUCCCCUUUUCAGUGUUUGCCUUAAAGGGGACAGAAGAUAGAAAGACUAUUAUUAAAAUAUUGUGAAUCUUGGAACUAAUAUUGCUUGGAACUACUUCUCUGUAUGGUGAGGUGUCUUUUAGCAUAGUACAACUCCAACAUCAAGCUCAGUCCUGGAGUAGGGGGAAGCAACAGCAGUUGUUGCACUUGCCCAACAGGAUUUGAAGAUUCCUUGUAUAAACCACAGCAACAGGAUGUUUUGAACAGGACCUUGACAUUCUAUACCUAACUCUAAUUCAAACUUCAGUGUACUUGCCUUCAUUGGGUUUUCUUUGCAUAACAAAAUAGCAUGUGCAUUCCUGAGAAAAUUGGUGGAAUUCUGCUAUAAAUCUCUCCAUCAUCCGUGUACCUGCUGGCCCCAUCUGAAACAAAAUUGAGAAGGAACUACAGUGAUAGAAGAAAAGCACUUAAUUUCUCUGAAUCCCUUUUUAUUUUUCCAGUGGUUGGGUUGGUUUUAUUACUGUGUACAAGACUCAAGAUUCUUUUUUGACUUUUCCCUCUUUGGUUUUUAGCUUACCCUUUUUUAGGUAAGGGAUAUUGCAUAUCCCUUCUGUGGGAGUAUCAGCCAAAACUGGGGAGGCUGGAGAGAGCAAGAGCCUUUGGGAAACAAAUUAUGUGAUAUUUAAAAUUUCCUCUGAUCAUGCUUCUUUGUAAAUACCCCCAUUUGAAUGCUGUGUAUUUGUACAGGAAAUUGAGCAAAAAAUGUAUAGAUUGUGACGUCUGACUGGUAUUCUGCCCUGUAAAUGUGUUUUUAACCUCUGGCAUUCUGUGCUUAUUUAAAAAAAAAAAAAAAAAAGGCAAAAACCUCUAACCACUUCUCUUUUGUGUAUUCAUGUUUAAAAUAAAAUGAAAACAGCUAUCUUAUCUAUAAUGGAAAUCAAAUUCAAAAGGAAAAAUUAAUUUGUACAAGUGUCCUAAAGGUACUUCAUUGUAUAUAUUGUGAUAGCAUGUUUCCAGAACCAACAAAUAAGUGGUGUGAAUUUUAGAUGUAAAUAUCUGCCGUUUGUUUUGGGUUCCUUUCCCUUACCCAUUCACUCGACUGCUGUGAUGUGGAAUUAAAGAUUAAUACCUGAUAUUAAAACA